AUGGCAGUCAUGAAGAGCUGCUUUGCUCGUUUUGGAGUGCCGUCAGUGGUGGUUGCCGACAAUGGACCGCAGUUUGCGUCAGAAGCUUUCAAAGAUUUCAGCAAAGCCUAUGGUUUUUCGCACGUCACCUCAAGUCCGCGCUACGCACAAGCAAAUGGAGAAGUUGAGCGGAUGGUGCGCAGGGUAAAAGAUAUGUUUCUGAAAUCUAAAGACAUCUAUCUGGCACUUCUGACAUAUCGAGACACACCCAGUGUAACAGGAUACAGCCCAACUCAACUCUUGAUGGGCAGGCCUUUGAAGACGACAAUUCCCAAGAUUGACGAGGCGCUAGCUCCGAAAUGGCCUUCCAUUUUUAAAGUGAGGAAGAAGGAUAGGGCAGCCAGGAAAAAGCAAGCGCGCAACUUCAACAGACAUCAUGCUGUUCGGGAGCUGCGACCCUUGAUGCCAGGAGAUGAUGUAUGGGUGCAAGACAUUCCUUGUGUCGCUAAGGUACUAAGCCCGGCACAGAGGCCUCGGUCAUACAUCGUAGAAACAUCAUCCGGAGUCAUCCAGCGGAACAGGAAACAUCUGGUGCCCUUUGACCCGACUUCAGGUGAAAGUACCUCGUCGCCCUCGGAAGAUCUACUUUCAGAACCGGUGGACGUGACAUUGCAGGACGAAUUGGGCGAUAGUACCCCGUCACCAGAGCAAGAACCAUUGGGCACGACUUCGUGUGAGGAGCGGAGAGAUCAACAGACUUACCGUACUCAGUAUGGCCGAGUUGUGAGAAAGCCUGAAAGACUGGACUUUUCAUUUCAGGCUGAGAAGGGGGAAUGUAGCGACCCCUACUGA